AUGCUCAACACAGAUUCCCUUUUAGAUCAUUUUCCUGGUUCCAUCAAUGGUUUCAUAUUUGAAAACGGUCCUGUCUCGGUGUUUGUGAAUCAGGCAAAUGAGUUCAAGUUUGAUGAUUCAAUUUCCCCUGCAGAAUCUGCAUCUGAUUCUGCUCCCUCUUCUGGGACAGGUUCUAAUGGAGAACAUGCAGAGAGUACUAAACACUCCAAUCCUAUUCUCAGGUACAUAAGUGAUAUUCUCAUGGAUGAAGAGGAUAAUUUAGAGCGCAAACCCUGCAUGUUGCAGGAUUGUUUGAGACUCCAGGCUGCUGAAAAAUCAUUCUAUGAUGCGUUGAUUCAUAGCCACCCUUCAUCACCUCAUCAGUUUAAUGAUAACCCCGACCCAGAUGAUAAUUUUGGUCGAACCACUAGUUCUGAGAGUUAUAGCAGUAAUACCACUGAUAAUUCAUGUGAGUCUGAUUGGUUUAACGGUGCUGGUGAUUUUGAGUCUGCUUUCCUACAAAGAUCUCUGCAUAACUCCCCUGACCAUGUUUAUGUUGUUCCUGAUCUGAUUAGAGAGGCGCACGCUGGGGUCCAUGUCUCAAAUGGAGCCUGGAAUUUGAUUCACUCGCAGAACAAGCCAGGCGUGAUUGAAGAGGGCGUGACGAGGACAGUCAAAGGAUCAAGGGAGAAGAGGAGCCAUCUCAUGAAUGAUGUCUCACAUGAAGAGGAGGAGAGAAGAAAUAAGCUUUCAGCUGUCUUUUCUGAUGAUUCGGAGCCAUCCAGCCUGUUCGAUGAGGUGCUGCUUUGCAAGGAUGGCAAGAGUCCAGCCAUUUUUAAGUCCGAGUCUGGAGGAUCUAAUGGAAAGACAACACGUUCGAAGAAAGGUUCCAACAAGGGAACAAGUGCAAGAACAACGGUGGAUUUAUGGACUUUGCUAUCUCAAUGCGCACAAGCUGUGGCUAGCUUUGACCCAAGGACUGCAAAUGAAAUACUCAAGCAGAUUAGGCAGCACUCUUCACCUUUGGGCGAUGGACUUCAGCGUUUGGCUCACUACUUUGCCGAUGGCCUCGAGACAAGGUUAGCUGCUGGGACACCAACGUUCAUGCUCUUGCAGUCACCAUCUGCUGCAGAUAUGUUAAAAGCUUACCGAGUGUAUGUCACAGCAGCACCAUUUCACAGGAUGUCGAAUUUCUUGGCUAACCGUACUAUUUUGAAGUUAUCACAAAGUGAAAGCAGUGUUCACAUUAUUGACUUUGGGAUUAGCUAUGGUUUCCAGUGGCCGUGCCUCAUCCAACGGCUUUCAGAGAGGGCAGGUGGUCCUCCGAGGCUUCGGAUAACAGGAAUCGAUCUUCCUCAGCCAGGAUUUAGGCCAGCAGAAAGGGUUGAGGAGACGGGGCGGCGUCUAGAGAAGUACUGCAAGAGGUUUGGAGUCCCAUUUGACUACAAUUGCCUUGCUCAGAAAUGGGAAACUGUAAGACUUGAGGACCUCAAACUUGAUAGGAGUGAAGUAACCGUGGUUAACUGUUUGUACAGAUUGAAGAACCUGUCUGAUGAAACUGUGACUGCAAACUGUCCAAGAGAUGCUGUGUUGAGGUUGAUCAGGAGGAUCAAUCCAACCAUCUUCAUGCAUGGGGUUGUCAAUGGCACCUACAAUGCACCAUUUUUCCUGACAAGGUUCAGGGAAGCACUUUUCCACUUCUCAGCAUUGUUUGAUUUGUUUGAAGCUAACGUGCCUCGGGAAGAUCCAUCCAGGCUUAUGUUUGAGAAAGGGUUGUUUGGAAUGGACGCAAUCAAUGUCAUAGCAUGUGAGGGGGCAGAGAGGGUUGAAAGGCCAGAGACCUACAAGCAAUGGCAAGUUAGGAACCAGAGAGCAAGGUUCAAACAACUUCCAUUGGCCACAGAGCUCGUGGAUAGAGUGAAGAAAAUGGUGAAGAAGGAAUAUCAUAAAGAUUUUACUGUUGAUGAGAAUGGCAAGUGGGUUUUGCAAGGAUGGAAAGGACGUAUUCUAUUUGCAAUUUCUUCUUGGGUUCCUGCUUGA